GUACAAUUCUCCUUAACGAAGUGUCGACGCCAUUAUGCUUGUUGGUCCGGGAUGGAUUUCGGUCUGUCGGCUUUCAACUUAGUUUUUUGAGAUUCCGUCAGUCUCGAGCCGUAUUUCGUACAUUGUUUAACUUGCGCCGACCAAAUCUAUCGUUUUCACGCCAUUUGCAUAUUUCAAUCACGUCGUGCGGAAGUGAAUAGCCUUUUAUGUUUGGUGCCUCGGGAUUCAUUUGCUGUUGCUGUUUCUGUGCAUUGUGAUCUUUUCCGCCCUCAUUCUGGUGUUUUUAUGUGCGAUAUUGUGGCCGUGCACGCUUUGCUUAAUUCUCUGUGCAGUGAUUCUCGUCGAAGUGCCAAAUUGAAUUGCGUGAAAGGUGCGUGCUGCGGUUGUGCACGGAACUGCUGGAAAGUUCUGACUGUGGCUUCUCUGCCUGUGAGUGGUUGCAGAAAAUUGCGCAAAGGUGGAUAAAAUGCUGAGAUUUCUGAGUCGCCGAAAGGUGCGCAAUGCAUCGUCGGACGGCAGCAGUCAGAUCAAGUCGCAAAGGAUUACCACGAACAAGAAUAAGAUCGACUGCCGGGUCAUCUUGCUGGACAACACGGACCUGUCGAUUGAAAUACCGAAAAAGGCAUUAGGAAGCUAUCUCUACGAACAAGUUCUCUAUUCUUUAGAUCUAACAGAAAAAGAUUACUUUGGACUACAGUUCACGGAUCAUAAUCAAGUUAAACAUUGGCUGGACCCAACAAAACCUAUAAAGAAACAAGUUAAAAUUGGACCACCAUACACUUUUAGAUUGAAAGUGAAAUUCUAUUCGUCGGAACCAAAUACCUUACGGGAAGAACUUACACGUUAUUUGUUUUUCCUUCAGUUGAAGCAGGAUUUAUUAGAUGGAAGACUAGAGUGUCCAGAUGAUAAGGCCGCGGAACUCUGUGCACUUGCAUUGCAAUCGGAACUUGGUGACUAUGAUUCGGAGAUUCAUACAGCAGCCACAGUAUCCGAAUUUCGAUUCGUUCCGAAUCAAUCGGAAGAAUUAGAAAUUGCAAUUUUAGAUGAGUAUAAAAAUUGUCGAGGGCUCACACCAGCUCAGGCAGAAUCGAGUUAUUUAAAUAAAGCGAAAUGGUUAGAUAUGUAUGGAGUGGAUAUGCACACAGUACUUGGAAAAGAUGGAUGCGAAUAUCAUUUAGGCCUAACUCCAACUGGUAUUUUGGUUUUCGAAGGACAACAAAAAAUCGGACUUUUCUUUUGGCCUAAAAUCAGUAAACUUGAUUUCAAAAAGAAAAAGUUAACUCUUGUUGUCGUGGAAGACGAUGAUGAUGGCCGUGAACAAGAGCACACAUUUGUGUUUCGUCUAUACAACGAAAAAGCUUGUAAGCAUUUAUGGAAAUGUGCCGUAGAACAUCACACAUUCUUCAGAUUACGAGCUCCUGUGAAGGGGCCAUCAGCUCGCCAAAAUUUCUUUAGAAUGGGUUCGCGAUUUCGUUAUUCCGGACGAACUGAGUUUCAGACAACACAACAGAGUCGAGCACGAAGAACUGUACAAUUCGAAAGAAGACCAUCACAACGUUUUGCCGGCAGACAGUCACACGUGAUUCGGGAACGACAAAAACAAAUGAACAAUAAUCAGAAUGAAUCUACAACCGCAACUGUUACAACACCAACUAGUGCCCCAGAGACCUCAGAGGCUACUUCAUUGCCUGAAGCAUCAUUCAGUUCUUCAGUGUCACAAUCACCUUCUAUUCAAACAGUUAUACAGAAUCCAGGGGUGAGCUCGGAUUCUGAGGGUGUUACGAGUCUAAGUAAUGGUGGUAUGGCAACAUCGACGUCCCUUAGUCGGGUAUCAACGAAAUCCACAUCAUCUACAGAGGAUAGUGGCUACAGUAAGAUUGGAUCAUUCGGUAAAGCUGGAGUGAUUGUUAAUAAUGUGAAACCCGUUGAGGAAACUAAUCCGUUCAAGACAACAUCGACCCACGGAUCUUUCGGUAAAGCAUCGAUUAGCUCAGCGUUCAGCAUAAAAAGUGGAUCGGAUAAAGAUAGUCAGCUUGAUUCAUUAUUAAAAUCCAUUGUUAAAGACCCAUCUCCUUCUAUCCUGGCUCAUGAGGCUAUUAACGAUGCUAACAGUAUCAGACUUACUAUUAACAAAACAUCCGAUAUGGAGAGCAAUACGGAAAGUUUGAAGCGCUUAUCCUCCACUGAAAAACCAAACAAUCAAACGAAAUUGGCGAAUGUCGGAGGCACUCCACUUUCACCUAGCCAAAUUAAGCACAACAUCCUAAAAGCUCGAGUCGAAGAAGAAAUGGGUACAAACGCUAAAUUGACUAAUCAGAUGUUUGUUCCGAUGGCAGUGACUAGCAAUUCAACAGAUGGACCCGAUUCAUUGAAUGCAACCUACAUCUCAGUGGGUGGUGAUAAAUUAACGCUAAAUUUAACAGAACAAAAACCUGUGGUUACUGUUAAUUUAGAACCACUCAUUGAGAAAGAAAAAGCUGAGGAAAAGGCGACGAAAACAAUAGAAAUAAGUCACACUACGCAAGAGGAGCUGGCGGACGAAGAGGUCGAUUCAGUGCAAGAGGUAGAAGUUGAGAGAGAACGAGAAGUGGAAAAAGAUAAGAAGAAUACCAUUAACAAUAUUCAAACGGCAGCGGAAAUGGUUUCGCCAUGGUUAGUAUCAUCUGAAGUAGUUUCAGCUCAAAAAGGCAAAGACUCAAUUAUAUUACGAAAGUCAGUUAUAACAACACAAUUGUAAGAAUUCGAAGGGGAUCAGAAAAAACUAAAAAGAAGGAAAAAAUAGUUCUGAAAAAAGUUGAUUACUUAAUGCAAUAUUUAUUAUCAUUAUCUUAUUCUAGAAGGUAGGAAUGAAACUUGUUUAACGAAAUUUUUGCAUAUCAUAAUGGCUCAGUUAGUGGACCUAGAGAUUUGUGUAACGUUUUCCAAACAAAUGAACAAAUGAACUGAAUUUAAUACAUUUAUACUCGUGAAACUAUCGAUCCAUGGAAAUAUUAUUUAACAUGGCGAAUGACGAUCAAAGUUUUCAAAUCUCAAAGCUCCAUCAAUUAGGCCUUUAUUGUUUUCAUGAAAUAAUCAAUUGAAUGUAUGAUUGAUUAUGGUGCCUUAUUUACAUAUUUAAUACUUUUAUACAAGAGGUGAAAAUUUAGUAUUAAAUACGUGGAGUAUAGUUUUGCAAAGUUUUACUGGCAAUUUCGACGGAAGUUUUGAUCAAAGUUUUAUAUAAAAGGAGUCAUUUAUAUACAAUGAUAAAUGUGCAAUCAGUUUUUAUAAUUGCUCAGUGUCAAAAAUAAUGAAUAAGUAACUAUAAUGUAAUUCAAGCAAGGUUUCACUGUAUGGAGUUAAGAACAUUUCUGGAAUUUUUUUCGGAACAUUUGAAAUUAUAUUCAGGAAACUUGGAUUUUGCUUGUUUGCUCAUGUAUUUAAAUUGUUCUCUACGAAAUAACGAUGUUUUGUUAUAGAAUGUCAUGAAUUCUCCCAAAAUUAAUAUUAUUUCAUAUUCAGUCAUUAUCAUUCCAUUUGCCCAUUUUUUCGAUAUCCACAUGAACGAAAGCGAAUAUUUUCUUAACGAAUUAUUAAAAAUCUAUUCUUCAAAUUUCCAAAUUUCUGUAUUGAGCGAUUAAUGACACAAUUCUUUGCGAAUCGAUCAACAUUCCAAUUUAAAAAAAUCUUUAUAAAAAAGCCACUUCCAAAUGAUUUUCUAAAUACUAAAAAAAAAAAUUGUGAACUAUAAAUUCAAAAGAUUGAUGAAUAAAAUAACUCUUGGGGUGUGUACCCAUCUAACAAGUCAAUUAACGAGAAAGUGCAAAUGUUUUGCACUCCACCUAUGUCGGUAUUUUUGGGCCGGCCCUGAAAUUCUUCCUACAUUACAUAUCGAAUGAAAUCAAACGCAGGCAGCUAACGAAAAGCAUUCCUUCCACGUUGUUUUCAACUUUUUUUACAUAUUGUACGCGACAUCAACGAUCUGUAAACAAGUUUCGCAUACUUGUGCUGUCUUAUUGUGUCGCCUAUUGGUAUAACUCGCGAUCUAUUAUUUCCUAGAUGUAUUUUUAGAAUAUACACGUGAUCUCAUUUGCAAUUAUUACAAAUCUGAUAGAGCGAUGUACUUAAAAAUACAUCAUAAAAAAUAUCAUGCACUGUUAUGAAUCUGAAAUCAAAAAUUAUCUUUAUACAAAAAAGAGAAAAACUGAAAUUGUCAUAUUUGCAUUUAGAAAAGAAGAAAGAUAUGAAAUUUAUAAAUAUAUAUGUAUAUCUCUAUAAUUGUUUUAUGAUAUUUUUUCCGUUAUCUACAAUUUAUAUUCAAUUGCUUUUAUCGUUCUUUUUUAAUUAAAUUUAUUUUAGUUGUAAGUUUACGUGAAGGCAGGCACAUAUGCCAAGAGCGUAGUGCCAUUAGUUUAGUUUUCAUCAUAGAACAGUUCAUUCAUGAAUUCUUAAAGAGUUGAUUUUUACACUUUAAUUCUCUAAUGAUUCAUGAAUUUCGUACACUUUUAUACUUAAUGAAAUACAGUAAAAACGAAAUGGCAGUAUUUUUCAUAGAAUUUACAUAUAAUCAAUAACGUCGCGGUUUCAUCGAAAUAAAAAGUGAAAAUGGAAUUUACUUAAAAGGUAUAUACAUGCUUAAAGAAUGAAAAAUUAUUCAUAUGUAAUUAAUAUAUUGCCUUAAAUAUACAAAUAUAUUAAGAUAA